AUGAUAUUCUACCUCCGGGUCUUCCUCUCCUCGAUCCCUCCGUCCAGCACGUUCUAUCUGGACCUUGAGGGCAAAAGUCUCAGCCGCAAUGGAACCCUCUCCCUCUUGACGGUACUCGUCCUUCCCACGCAAGCAACAAGCAUUGUCGAUGUCCAAACCCUCGGCGACUCUGCUUUCACCACUCCCGGCAUAGGCGGAAAUACCCUCAAAGCCAUCCUCGAGGAUCCCCACACUUCUAAAUGCUUCUGGGACGUACGCAAUGACGCGGACGCGGCAGAAACGCAGAAUUUUGGUCAGUCUCGAAAUAUUAGCAAUGUUGUCGGCAAUAACGAUACUAAAGGGAGGGACUAUGAAGAAAACGAAGAGCAGGAUGAGGAGCAGGAUGAGGAGCAGGACGAGGAGCAGGACCAAGGGCAAGACAAGUACCAAGAGCAUGGCAACAACGAGAAUCGCAAUCAGAAUAGCGACAAUGACACUGACGCCGCUAUCAGUGUCGUCAACUCGCAAACCUAACGAUAGACAAUGGUGCGAUCUUGCGAUUUAUGUCAAUCGUAUACGCUUGGGACAGUGCGGACGAUACAUUGAAAAGCUCGUUCGCCUCGAAAAAGCCUACGGACGAGUUGUCGACUGCUAGACACUACGAUAAUCUACGACGGAAAGCACAAAAUCUCAGUAUUUUGUACACUGUUUUGGGCAUGUCAGCCAGUUUUCGGCUUUCCAGAGUCAU